ACACAGGAUAUAAAUGACAUAAUCCAGAAGUGUGGGAUAAGGAGGGACGCUGAUGUUUGCCAACUCAGCCUCACCUCAAAAAAACUCACCAGUGUCCCCGACUUAUCAAGAUUUCACUUUCUGAGGAAGCUGUGGCUGAAUAACAACAAGAUCAGAGAGCUCAGCUGUCGCUCCCUGAACUGCUGCGUGACCGAACUUUACCUCCACAACAACAACAUCAAGUCUAUUACAGGGGCUCUAAAUCAUCUGACCUGCCUGCGGCGUCUUUUUCUCCACAACAACCAGAUCAGAGGUCUGGAGGACACGACGCACGAGCUCAGGAGGAUGCAUCAGCUCCAAAGUGCCACUUUUUUCCUCAACCCCAUCUCUCAUGAACCUGGAUAUCGACACCAUGUGAUCCACCGUCUGCCUUCUAUCCAGGUGUUAGACGGGAAAGAGGUGAAGCCAGAAGAGAGGAGGAGGUCCUUCCAGAUGUUCAGGCAGGAGAGUCACCGCGUCCUCCAGUCUGUGGCCUUCGGCAGACGAGUAAGAUAAACCGCACGAGGAGAGGAAGAUGACGGUGGCCGCUUUCUCAAAGUGUUCAGUCAUUACACGCUGUAACGCAAAAUAUCUCCCACUGUAUCGCUGUUUCUGUGGUCUGCUCAAAAUGAUCUGUUACAAAAAUCUGACAGCAAGGUCUGUGAAUUAUCCAGACAAAAAAAAAAAAACAAAAAAACAAAAACAGGAUGUUCUUUUCAAAAUAAGACACUGCUUCUGAGUAGCUGCUGAUGAGAGCAGGAAGAGAAACAGGAAACCUCUGUAGAACUGAGGGGAACUGAAGAAUCUGUACCACAAAGUUAUUGUGAUGGAUUGUAAAUAUAAAAUUAUUGAUGACAAUCAUAUAAAUUAUUGAUUAUUAUAUAGCUUUAAUUCCAUUCACCUUCAGUUUACUGGGGUGGCAGCAGAGGUCUUGCAGCUGACACCUCAGUACAUUAUAAAUCUACAUGGUCACAAUGUCUUCUGUGUCACUUAAUGUUUUUUCACAAACAAAAAAAAAAAAAGUGCAUGGAAGUGCAGUAUGCCACUACGGAUAUGUGACCCUUUAAAUAUCCAUUCUUUAGUUAUAUAUGGUGUAAGGACCAAUCCAAACUCUUCAGUGCAAAUGUGGUCAAAAGCUGGAUUAUUAAGAGGCCAGUAGUUACUACCUUCAUGUUUAAAGUUUUCACAAGAGCCUCCAGAGUUAAAUCAUCACCUCUCUGAACAUUAUAGGGUUAAAAAAAAAAGAAA